UCAAUAUUCACAAUCAAUAAAGAUUCUCUGUUUUCUAUAUUGUAAUAUGGUAUCAGAUGCAACACAAUAAAGCUCCAAGAAGUUCCUUGAAGCUUUUAAGAACUCAACAAUGGUGAGAACUAGAGCCACCACGUCAGCUACCACCAGUGUUCUCGUGGUCGAUGCCACCAUAGCUCAUCCACCAUCCCACACUUUCGCCAAUACACAAACACAUAUUGAUCCGUCUCAUGCUUCUGCCGAUCCUCCUCCUCGAUCUGUUCCUAUCCAGGUUCCUCGCGUUCCUCCAGCUGAUCAACCGGCAUAUGAAGAUGUCAGAUCUCCAUACUAUCUCAGUAAUGCCAAUCAUCCAGGCUUGGCCCUCACGACCCCUGUCCUCACAGAUCGAAACUUCUAGCCAUGGAAACGCGACUUCAAGCUCUCCAUUGGCGCCAGGAACAAAACACCAUUUCUUGAAGUGGGUCAGAAAUUUGAAAGCCCAUAAAAGUCGAACUGGGCCGGCCUGGUCCAAUCCAUUUCCACCGAUUACAAAUAGAGAUGAGAAGGGUUACUAGGGUUUCACCCUUCACUUUUAAAGAGGUCUCUCAAAACCCUAGUUUCUCCCAUUACUCACUCAGAAGCGCCUCUGCUACAUUCUCUUCGGCGAGAUGGGUGAAGUCAAGGCUUUGGUUCCAGAGUCCGUCUUGAAAAAGCAAAAGAGAGAAGAAGAGUGGGCUUUGGCUAAAACACAAGAACUUCAGACUUUGAAGGUGAAGAAUGCUGAGAACAGAAAGCUCAUUUACAACAGAGCCAAACAGUACGCUCAUGAAUAUUCAGAGCAGGAGAAGGAGUUGAUUCAACUUAAGCGUGAAGCCAAGUUGAAGGGAGGUUUCUAUGUUGAACCAGAGGCCAAGCUCUUGUUCAUCAUUCGUAUCCGUGGUAUUAAUGCCAUGCACCCAAAGACAAGGACUAUCUUGCAGCUCUUGCGAUUGAGACAGAUUUUCAACGGUGUGUUCCUUAAAGUUAACAAAGCCACCAUGAACAUGCUUCACAGGGUUGAACCAUAUGUUACAUACGGAUACCCCAAUUUGAAGAGUGUUAAGGAAUUGAUCUACAAGAGAGGACAUGGCAAGCUCAACAAGCAAAGAGUUGCAUUGACCGACAACUCUGUUGUUGAACAGGCUCUUGGAAAGUACGGAAUCAUUUGUACCGAAGAUCUUAUCCACGAGAUCACCACUGUUGGACCUCACUUUAAGGAAGCCAACAACUUCUUAUGGCCCUUCAAGCUGAAGGCACCAUUGGGUGGCAUGAAGAAGAAGAGGAAUCACUACGUUGAAGGAGGAGAUGCUGGAAACCGUGAGAACUUCAUCAACGAGCUGAUCCGAAGAAUGAAUUAGGUUUGGCAGUAUUUUAUUGCUCAAACAGAUUUAUGAGUCUUUUGGUUUAUUAUGUUAGAACAAAUCUAAACUCAAAUUUUGUUUUAUCGUUUAAGUUGGACGAAUUUGUCACUUUUUUAUUUUUGGUAUUUAAAGGUUUGAAUGUCAGAAUAUUUUGUAGGCUUGCGAGUGUUAAAUGCAUUUGUUAUAAAUUUUAUUAUUGGAUGAUC